AAUCUUUGAUACAGUAGGUGGCGGUAUACAUCUUUUACGUUGGUUUGCGAUCCGCCAAUAAACAGAACGAAGAAGAAGAACAUCAUAAUGAAAACAUACUAAAAAAGAAAAUCAUGACUAAUAGUUGUAGUUCUGUAUACACGUACCAGUGAUUAAAUCUGUCCGCGCCAUGUUGCUACGAAAUAACGUAAAUGGAACCAGAGGGCAUUGUAGAGUUUAGACCUAAUAUGGAUGAAGUGAAUUUUGUCUCUCUUGCUGUUGGGAGAUGUGUGGACGCCUGCUGCCUGCUGCUCGACCUGGCCGUCAGGGCGUUCAGCUGGCUUCUUCGCUUCCUGUCCGGUGUGGGUGCUUCCCUCCACGGCGCGCUGGUCGCCCUGAGCGGCUCCACUUUGAUUGAAUACUGGGACUUUGCUCUUUUCUCCUUCCUUACCGCCACUGAGGCCGUCUCCAGUGCCGCCUGUGGAGCCCUGCACGUUGUGGAGGGCUGGCUGCAGACGCUGGGAGGAGUGUUUGAGAGUUUCAAGAUGGUGGGACACCUCUCCUGUCACGUGGCGUGGCGCAUCAAGGACGUGCUGCACCGCGGGCUUAUUUCAGGGAGCUGCAUCCUGCGACAGACAUGCGAAGGCCUCUGCAUCGCACUCAGCCUCGUUCUCUACUUUGUCAACACGGUGGUCAACAUCAUCCUCAUCAGCACGCAGAACUGUCUGUCUGUGUUGGCGGGCAUCUGGGAGGUGGUGGCGGACCCCCUGCACAAAGUGGUGGAGCUGGCUCUGACCCUGCUGACCUUCCUGUACAGCUGUCUGGUCGGUGCAUCCGUGCUGCUGUGGACUCUCUGCCAGCUGCUGCUGGACUUCCUGGGAGCACUGGGCCGUGUCUUCAUCACUGUUUUCAUCGCUGACUCACACGGCCUGCUCAUCACUGCGGCCAUCAUCUCACUGGCUUUCCUGUUACUGAACCCCAGGCUUCCUGUCCUCGCCAGACGGCUGAGCCUCCGUUUGGUCAACGCUCUGCCGGGAGUUCGUGGCGUACGGAUGACACUGGAACAAGCUCUGGCCAAUCUGGAGGUCCACACCAGGACAGCGCAGGAAGUAAGUAGAAUGAGGCUUCCACACACAGACGCUUUAAUCACUGAGACCGACCUGCUGCCAGUGAAUGAACCGAGCCAUCCAGACUCUCUGCAGCUCCACACUCAGCAGGACGGCGAGCCAGCGAGCAGCAGCAGGACUAGUACGUCCCGGCCGAACUCCGCUCCGGAGGAUGGCGGCAGCCCUCCGACUGAUGGUGAGCUGCUCAGCCUGCUGAAGGAGCAGGAGGAGAGGAAGAAGUGUGUCAUCUGUCAGGACUUGAGCAAAACGGUGCUGCUGCUGCCCUGCCGUCACCUCUGCCUCUGCCGGCACUGCACCGACAUCCUGACCCAACGCCGACCCAUCCAGCAGCGCUGCUGUCCGCUCUGCCGGCAGCCCAUCACACAGACCAUGGACGUCUUCCUCUGACGGGCGAUGGACCAGCGCGGUGGUGACAUGACCAAAAGGCCACAACUACAAACUGCACAACAGAAAAAGGCUGUUAGCGCUAUAGUUGCUUUUUCUCUACUCAAAUAGUUUUAUUCACAAGUAGGCCUGAGUAAUACUUAACUUAAUACUUUUUGAGCUGAACUGUGUCUGUAAAAUCAAGUAUCGCAAAGUGCCAACUAUUGGUCAGAUUCUUGGUAUGUUUACUUAUUCUUUGUUCCACUAUUUUCUAAUCUAAGUCAGGAAACUUUUCUAACUUUAAUGAACAAUAUUUCUGCACCCUAGUGUUUAAUCUUAAAACUUGAAUAUAUGUGUGUAUAUAUAUAUAUAUAUAUAUAUAUAUAUAUAUAUAUAUAUAUAUAUAUAUAUAUAUAUAUAUAUCUGAUAUAAGUUUGCCAUCAACGCUGAAAUGCCAAAACAAGAGAGAAGCUCUUAAAUCUCUUGAUAUGUGAGAAGUGUGGAUGGUUAUUUCAUAACAACUGAACUCAGUGGCUGCUGAUUAUUAACACUGGAUUAAUAGACUUGAGGAUUUGGGCCAAAGACUGUACUUAUUACUGUAAUAUGUGUGCUCCUUUUUUAAUAUAUUAUGAACAUCUAUUUAAAAAAAACAUUUAAAAACUGAACAUCUGCUUGGGGUGUUUAAUUUGAGUUGAAUUUAUCAUUAUAAACUAUUUUGAUUCCUAAGAUAUCCCCUAAUUAGCAGAUGGUACCUUAACACACUGCUGCAGAUUAAAAAUUAUAAUUGAGUUUUCAUAUUUGUUGGUGCAAAAGCCUUAUAAAAGCUUUGGUUUGAAGCUUUAUUUCUUGAUUUUUGUUUUCAUUCCUACAAAUCCACAAAUGUCCUCCAGGUGAGUUUUAAAACUUAGAUCUCCAAACCAGUAUUUUGUCACAAUGCGAUCUCAUAGCGAGGCGAUAAAUGAUAAAUUUUAAAAAAUGGUCCAGUCCUACAAAUACGACUGCGCACUUCAUGUGAUGAAUGUGAACAUUUUUAUAAUUUACUCACGUUCUGUUACUGGAACUUGUGUCUUAGUAUUUAUUCAGUAAUGUUCAAUAAACAUGCUGUCAUGCUUUGAAUCCUUUA